AUGGCGGACAUUGAGCUGCUCAAGACCAAGUUUCAGUACCACGCCGACUGGCCGAAGAAGGGCAUUCUGUUCUGCGAUGUGCUGCCUGUGCUGCGGGAUCCGAUCACGUUCGAGAUCCUGCUGACGAACAUCAUGUCGCACGUCUUUACGCAGACGUUGCCGCGUCUGGCGCAGCAGGGGGCCGAGUCGCGCAUCAACUAUGUAGUGGGGCUCGAUGCGCGUGGAUUCCUGCUGGGUCCUGUGAUUGCGCAGCGCCUGGGCGCGGGCUUUGUGCCGGUGCGCAAGCAGGGCAAGCUGCCUGGUGCGUGUGUGCAGGCGACGUUUGAGAAAGAGUAUGGGGCGGACGUGUUUGAGAUGCAGCGCGAUGCGAUCCCGGCGGGCGCGAAUGUGCUCGUCGUGGACGACCUGAUUGCGACGGGCGGCUCGGCGGCGGCGGCCGGCUCGCUCGUGCGCCAGCUGCAGGCUCGCGUGGUCGAGUACGUGUUUGUCGUCUCGAUUCCCUGUUUGAAGGGCGCCGACAAGCUCGAUGCGCCCGAGUACCAUCUCGUCGAGAUGGACUAA